GGCAUUUGGCUUUUUCCGUGUUUCAAAAAACAUUUCUUACCGUGCUCAUCUGGCGUCACACUCAUUUUCACUGGUAUCCUUGCAUUUCAAUCUCAAGCUUUAAAAGGAUUGGUGAUAAUCUGCAAGAUGAUAAUCAAUAUCGUCUUUCAAAACACACUCUCCGCAGUGUUGGAUGACGCUGCCUCAUCUCGGUUACAUAGCAUGUAUGGACAAACCUGCUCUAUAUCGGCUUGAAUGAAGACAGGUUGUGUGUAUUCAGGCAUUCUUGUAUAAAACCUUGUAGCGGGUGAAUAUUGUCAGCAAACAGGCCGAACUGACGGGGAAGUCCCAUUUCGAAAAAUUGAAUGACCAAGGCCCUUAGCCAUUUCCCAACGUCCCCUGCAAGCACAAGCCUUUUUUGCCCCAGUCAAUCUCCCUUUCAAGUUUUGUUUCUCUGCCUAAAAUAGCAAGUCUCUUUAAAAGUGUCUUUGAAGCCCAUUUAUCCAAUCACAUUUACCCAGCCCUACAUGGCCAAGAAAAAUUUUUGUUGUCUGUGCCAUCCACUGUGGGAAACAGGAGUUUAUUACCCUGUGUGCAGGCCUUACUGUGGAGGUGACUCGCUAAACAACGUGGCUUCCUCGGUAGGGAAAGGCAAGCCAGUAACAAACCUCGAUAGGGAAAAGCAAGGCCCGAUCCUUGCCCUGAAGGGCCGCUGGAAAAGUCGAUUCCUAUAUUAUAUGGUUGUUUGGAAUUCUGUCAUACAAUGAAUAAUUACGGCUAUCUCAUUAUCGAUUUGGAUAAUUACACAGUUGUUGCUUGUUUUUGAAAAGAAGAGGAAGGCAACUUAAGGUGAAAUGCAGAAGAAUUCUGGCAAUAUGCUCUUUAUAAAAGGGAAUAUUUUAUUCGUCUUGUUAUCAAGAUUUCGUCUUACUGCUGCAUUGGUUGAUUGUCCAGCCAUAAAUGUCCGCUGGUGGGAGAACAAACCAUACAUUUAUAAGGACGGCAACGGCAAUGGCAACCCCACUGGUGCACUGCCAUUGCUUUUUAACGGUGUUGGUAAACAGUGCUGUAAGGCACUUUCAGUCAACUGGGCCCAUCAGUUCAAAACGUACAAGGAAGCGUUAAAUGAAGUUGAAUCGAUUCGAAUGGAUGGAUCUACAGACAACUCCAGCGUGGACAUCUGGUUGCCGUUCUCUGUUUUGAAUUCUGGAAACGUUUCCCAAAUAAACAUUAUGAAUAGCAGUCAGAUAGUCAUUAUCGUUAUAGAGACAAGAAUGGAUAAACUGAAGUUUGUUUACGAAGGUUUCAAGAGAAUAACACCCCAGAUCAUUAUGAUUCUAAUGCUGACUAUAUUCUUUGGGAUUCUCAUAUGGAUAGCGGAAACAAGGUCCAAUUCGCAAUUCCCUGCGCCCUUUCCAAGAGGUGCGUGGCACGGAUUCUGGUGGGCUAUCGUGACAGUCACAACUGUUGGGUAUGGAGAUAAGUCUCCAAGAACAGGCGUUGGGAGAUUCAUUGGCAUUAUCUGGAUGGUCACUGGGUUGGUUUUAUUUCCCGUACUAACAGCAGAAGUGACGUCAAUUUUGACCGAUAACAGUUACUCCUUGGUUCUUAAAAAGGCUGGUGUUUUAAAAAACUCACUAGAAAUCAGACACGCCAUUGACCAUGGAGCUUUUGUACACGAAUGCGACUCGUACGAUCACUGCCUUCAAAUGCUCGUAAACGAAAGCAUUCAAGUGAUGUUGGUGGAUGUUCACGUUGCUGUGAAUCUGCAGUCAAGCAACAUUGUUCAAAAGGGUCACAUAACAGCCAAAAUACCUAUAAAUGCGUUUAUCCGUAAAAGAGACGAGUCAAAGAUAAAAGACUUCCAUGACUGCAUCAAUCGCAACCCUAGUGCUGUUACUGAAAGCCUCAAGAAAGUGCAAAACGAUGUCCAGCUUAUUGACUUCAGAGGUGUGAUAUUUUCAACUGGAACAAAAGAAAUUGCUCUCAUCCUAUUUGGAUUCGUGGUGGCAGUGUACCUCCUGGUGCUCAUAGCUGACACUGCCAUGCGCUAUAAAAAGAAGAAAAAUAAGAUUGGAGAUUUUAGGGAAGGUGUAUUCAUGGAAAACAAGGUCAUCAAAAAUGGCUCAGAGCAAGAUAUACAAGAACAUGAAGAUCCGACAGAGCAAUUAAGGCAAUUACUAAAGAAACAGCGGCAACAGUUGGCUGAUCUUCAACAGAGUUUCGAAGAACUGGAAAAAAGGGUCGAUAUCUAAUGCUACCUUGGAACGAGUCAUCAUCUUUAUGAUCACUUUCAUCAGGAUAUGAUUCUUGAUGCAACGGAUUGUUAGUUGGUCAAUGUUCGCUGUGUGCCGUGUUUUGUGCGACUGAGCGGUGCAAGCAGGUUUUUUUCUGUUUGUUUGUAGCUUUCACUUAUCACAACAGACAGGACGAUGUUGAUAAUAGAGAGAGAGAGAUUAACGAUGCAUUGUAUAACAACUGAUGAAAGAUGGUUGUGAUGUUAAACUCGAGUGAAAAACUGUAUAUCAACGCAGCCCUGUCUCUCUCUCUCUCUCGCUUUCUCUCGCUGUCUUUGGCUCUCUCACGCUUUCUUUUGCUAAAGCUAUCAUACACAGUAUCAUUAAUCUAGGUUGCUUUUAAAGUUUUCGGUAAUUGAAUAGGAUUUCAUUAUCUGGUAUAAUAGACCGUAACGAUCGAAAUACAUAUCAAGAGUAGAAGCAGUGGGUAUGUCACGUGAGAUUUCUUGUUAUCUCCUUCAAAUCCGAAAUGACAAACUAAACAGGGCUUUCAAACAAAAUUGUUGUCAAAUUGCCAUAAGAAGAAACUCUAUAGCAUUUUCUAUUGACUCCGAUGUCACUUAUAACUGUUCGUUUUUGUGCCAAGACAAGUAGGUGUGCUUAACCCCUUUUAAUGGUUAAAAAUAAAUUUUGGAAUAGCUACAAGUUAAGACUAGCUAAUAAAAAAACACAGUUCCAGCGAUGUUAGUAGAGGGCUUGAUAUUGUUAUCAGCGCAGCACAGAUCUUCAUUCUUGAAACCAACAGAGAAGACAACAGCUUUUAUCAGUGCAAAUGAACCAAGAUUUAUCUAUACUGCGUCAUAACUUGCUAUCUAGGCAUAAAGUAUGCAUGAAACUGCAGUGUCAUAGAAAGUAAACCCCAGGUCAACCUCAUAAGCACUAGGUACUGUGGUCACCUUCCGUGCUAAACAGCAAUCAUCUUAAUUUUGCAUUCCCAUCCUUAAAGCAUUUAUAAAUCUUUCAACAUUUUCAAAAAGAGGUUCUUUUUUCAAUCAGUUAUUCUUAGAUCGUGGCCUGAAAGAUUUCUUUGUUAAAAAGGACUUAAGUUCUUGAAUAAUCUCCAUGCACAGAUACCAGCUAAGGCAACCAUCUGUUCUUGAUUACGUCAUAAAUAGAUAUGCUUAUUGUCAGACCGUAUAUCCUGGUCAAAACAAGAAGCAUUUUUACGUGCGAUAUAUAUGCACUUUUGUGAUAUAUAAGUCAAAGGUGUUACUUACUACUUGCGUUUCAUCCUUCUAGAUCAUCAGAAUUAAUUUCGCACCUCCCUAUAAGAUUCGCUUUUUCACAACUCGGGACGCUUUGACAUUACUCGGGAUAUCACGCAUUUGACAUAUUAUUGCGUUAGCAAUCGCCCUAAGGCCCUUGCAAAACGCACGUGUUUACAUUGACAUUGAACUUACUAUUCCUUUAACAUAGGCGUCUUCUUUUAUAAGGUUUAUGUUUCAAAAUUGCAUUGUUCCUUCUACAAAUUUCGAUGCUGAAUUUUCUAUUGCACGAUGCAAAUUGUGUUACUAGCUUUCGGCAUCCUUGUGUAUGACUACAGUUGCCGAAUGCCGAAGCAUUGAUGACCGUUUAAAGAAUAAUGUUGCUCUUCCUAAACAUCAGAUUGGUGAAAUUAGGUGAAUGGGGACGUUUUGGAGGGUGGAUUUCAGCGACGUUUUUGCAACUUAGCUUAAGUCACUUUAAAAACCUAUUGCAUCAGAAGUAGCAAUUGCAUUGAUGAUGUCAUUUGAGUUGUUGUUAUUGUUGCUGUUGUUGCUGUUUCAUGUAAUACGAUGUAGACAACUAUAAAAGUGUUCAUCACCAAGCACAUCAUCUUUGUAGUGUUGUUGUUUUGUUAUCAGGUAGUAGUGUUAAGUGCUUGUGCGAACAUCUUUACAAGGCAUUCACAAAGAAUGACAUUUAAUAAGCUCACUGCAGAGUAACACAAAGAAACAAAACAUAAUCAAUGCGAUCAAAUAACAACUAACGUUAUUAUGAGUUUGGUGCUGU